AUGCGUCUUGGUUUUACUUCUAGCCCUCAUAAGAAUGCCCUUUUCAUUCGUAAAAGCGAGCGUGGAGUUGUUUUUCUACUUUUGUAUGUUGAUGACAUGAUCAUUACUGGAGAUGAUAUUGAUGGUAUCUCUGAUCUGAAGGCCUCACUUCACCGUAUCUUUGAGAUGAAAGAUCUUGAUAGUCGCACUGAGACUACUCCUCUUGAGCCUAAUGUUCAAUUUACCCCUCUGGAUGGCACUAUUUUGGAUAAUUCGACUCUCUAUCGACAGUUAGUUGGAGGUCUCGUCUACUUGACUGUCACCCGACCAGACAUCGCCUAUCCAGUUCGUGUACUUAGCCAGUUCUUGUCAGCUCCUCGCACUACUCAUUAUGUGUCAGUUCUUCGCAUUCUUCGCUACAUCAAAGGCACUCUAUUUCAUGGCCUUUAUUUUUUUACCCAUUCCUCUUUAUCUCUUGAGACAUACUCCGAUGCUGAUUGGGCUGGUGAUCCCACUGAUCGUUGUUCUACUACUGGUUACUGUUUGUUUCUUGGUGACGCUCUCAUUUCUUGGCGUGCCAAGAAGCAAACGCUCACUGCUCGCUCAAGCACAGAAGUUGAGUACCGUGCCCUCGCAGAUACCACUGCUGAGCUUAUCUCGGUUCGUUGGCUUCUCGAAGAUCUGGGUGCUCCUCGGUCAUUCCCUACUGAUGUUUUUUUGUGA